AUGACUUUCUCCAGCCUGUGCUAUCCAGAAUGCGGGGUGGCCCGGCCCUGUCCAGUCACUGGCAGCUGCAACGUGCCGUGCGUUCGGCAGUGCCCUGACUCCGAAGUGGUGAUCAAACCCUCACCGGUGGUCGUGACCCUCCCAGGACCAAUUCUCAGCAAUUUCCCUCAACACAGUGUAGUGGGAGCCAUAGGAGCACCUGUGGUGGGACCCGGUUUCGGGGGCUCCUUCGGUCCUGGGGGAUUGUACGGCUAUGGAGGCCGUUACGGAGGAUUUUAUGGUUUAGGGGGAUAUGGUGGUUACGGUGGCCCUUUGGGUUACGGGAGAUGUGGUUAUGGGGGAUUAGGCAGUUACCCGUGCGGUUAUGGUUACGGGGGGGGAAUAUGCGGUUCCGGGGUAUCUUGCCAUAGGGGAGGACGUGGUGGUUUGUGUUUUGUUUUGACACCUUUGGUGGGACCCGGUUUCGGGGGCUCCUUCGGUCCUGGAGGAUUGUACGGCUAUGGAGGCCGUUACGGAGGAUGGUAUGGUUUAGGGGGAUAUGGUGGUUACGGUGGCCCUUUGGGUUACGGGAGAUGUGGUUAUGGGGGAUUAGGCGGUUACCCGUGCGGUUAUGGUUACGGGGGGGGAAUAUGCGGUUCCGGGGUAUCUUGCCAUAGGUACCUCAGUGGAAGCUGUAGGCCAUGCUAA